AUGCUGACGCUGAUGGUCCUGUGUUUCCUGGUCAUUGAUCUGGCCAUGUUGGUGGUCUACUCGGCCGUGCAGGGCUCACGAGGAGAACUCGGAGCUGAGAGAGUCGAUGACGAUGAGACCAGCAACAUUGAGGAAGGAGUGAGGCCCUUUGAGAUGUAUAGCGCUGUCUUCUCAUAUCUUAAAACAGGGUCUGAGGGUUUGACCAUUGACACAAACCUUUUUGUGGCAUUAAGCUCUCUGGCCAGAGACAUCUUUCUUGGCAUCUUCUAUGGCUACAAGGCUCUCCUCCAAGUGUGUGGUCUGUUCCUGGCGUUUGCCACCAGGAAGGUAAAGGUGAAGGGUCUGGAUGACUCCAAGUGGAUUGCAGCCACCAUAUACAUCACCAGCAUUGUCCUGGCCAUCACCAUCCUCUCACUGUACACACUGGGUGGCCUGCAAAACAGAUUCUCUGGAGUCUUUACUGUCGGGCUCUUCAUUGGGACCACUUUCAUCAUGGCAUUUGUGUUUGUGUCAAAGAUGCAUACCCUGUGGAGGGAUCCAGAUGGGAAGAGAGUGUUCAGUAAGUCAAGUCCCAGUGAAAACCAGCCACCGUCUUCUUAGCGGAACAAGGAACAAUUUUUUAAACAGAUGACUAGUGUAUUAUUUUACCCAAUGAUACUGAUGAGUGGCAUUAAAAUUAGGUUCAUAAACAGUUUGUGAUAAAGGCUUGCAAUAUCAGUAUUCACUGUGCAAAGCAUAAUUUAUAAUGCACGUA